AUGAACGCCGAGACCUGCGUUUCAUACAACGAUAUGACAUCCAUGGAUUCGUAUUAUAGCCCCUCUGUAGCGCAAGGUAGGGAUCACCAGACGGACCACUUUAGAACAUUCCCAUUCACUGACACCAAAUACAGCCCCACUGCCUUCCUGCCCAACAAAGGUCAGGCUUACGGAGAAAAGUCCCGGAGCCCCUUCCAGCAGGAGUGCCAGUCAUUGGAUGCCGCCGCAGCUGGGCAAGGCACUUUCAGCAAAUACCACCUCUUCAUGCAGAGGUCUUCUUGCAAAACACCACCCGAGGAGGGCAAACUGCACCAGGAGAGCGGACACAACGGAGCGCUCAUCCCGUACUAUGGUAAAGACAGUUCAGGUCUGACAGACUCUGACUUGGCGCCAGACUCAGACCCACCUGGAAUGGACACCAGCUACCUGGCUGUGAAGGAUCAGGGCGUGAAGGUGGCCUCUGAUAGGCCACCAGGCACAGACUUGUCAAGCCCUCUGGACAAGGGCGAUGUUGGUGAAAGUAACAAGGGGAAGAAAAGGCGCAACCGCACAACCUUUACAAGCUACCAGCUGGAAGAGCUGGAGAAGGUUUUCCAGAAGACGCACUAUCCAGACGUGUAUGCCCGGGAGCAGCUGGCACUGAGGACUGACCUGACUGAAGCCCGUGUGCAGGUAUGGUUUCAGAACCGAAGGGCAAAAUGGAGGAAAAGGGAGCGUUUUGGUCAGAUGCAGCAGGUCCGAACACAUUUCUCAACAGCUUACGAGCUGCCUCUUCUGACACGUCCUGAGAACUACGCACAGAUUCAGAACCCUUCUUGGAUCGGUGGCAGCAGUGCAGCAUCUCCCGUGCCGGGCUGCGUGGUGCCCUGCGACUCUGUGACUCCAUGUAUGACACCUCACCCCCACUCUGCCAGCGGGAUGUCUGAUUUUCUGGGCGUGCCAAGCCCCGGAGGUCAUAUGGGACAGGGUCACAUGGGCAGCCUGUUUGGAGGAUCUCCUAGCAUGGCCACAGGCAUCAACACGUAUGAUCUCAACAUGGACCCUGACCGCAAGUCCUCCAGUAUCGCCGCUUUGCGCAUGAAGGCCAAAGAACACAGUGCAGCCAUAUCUUGGGCCACAUGAUGUGUUGAUACCUGCUGGAUGGCGGAUCUUGUUGAUCCCUGAGAUGUAUACAACAAACCCAGUAUUGGGUGAGGGGGCACUAAAAUCAGAAACUUUAACGGCAACAGUGACUACCUUCAAAAAUGUUGCAAUAAAAUAAUUAUGCAAAUAUA